AUGGGAGUUGAUACUGCAGUGCAACCAUUGGGUGAUACCCGAGAAUUCCACGCAGGGCAUUUCUUUCGGAGGUCUAAAGACCCGUCCCAUCCUAUUCUGCUGCUUUUUGCUUUAGAAAGGGUCGCUUCUUUCAUCCCUGAGGGCCUUUUUGCUUACUCCCACAACUGCACCGCACGCUGUCGGCAACUUGAAAAUGGAUAUACACAGUAUGUCGGGAUGAUAGAUGAAGCAGGGUCAGGGCCGUACGGAGCUGAUACGGGGCGAAGUAACUGAUAUUCGGGGCCUAAAAUAUACAGCAGUCGGGGACAUCUAUUAUAAACUUCGGUUGUCUGAUGAAUGGGAAUUACUUUCGCAAAGCAAAUCUAAAGUUGACAUUAUUACCUGGACGGUGUUGGACCAUCUGUAUAAAGAUAAAAUCCCAAUAUCUGUGCGAAAAUAUUCCGACCUUCAAGAAAUUAGCUGUACUAUUCCCGCGGACUAUAACCAUUUUUAUAAUAAUUUGUCACACCUGUGAAUUUUUAGAUGUUUUAGUUUAGAUGCUUUGAUCAUUUUGAAUACACUAAAAGAAGUAUUGUACUAAAAAUAAAAGUUGCUAACUCCAAAAUUCCUUCUUUUCUAUUCAAAUGAAC